AUGAAGAAGAAGCUGAGGUGCAAGGCCCCAGCUCUAAAGAAAACUUUCCUGUGCAACAGUUCGACUUGGAGAAGCUGCAGAUAUCACCAAAGAAGAGAGACAGCGUGCACGUUCUGUGGCUCAGUUGCUCACUAUUCCAAUUCCUGUCCAAGAAUAACGGACGGUGAUGAGAGAUACCGUUUUGUCAGGAACCGGGAUCUGUGUCAAUACUGUCUGAACGAUUGCAAUCCCUGUGUGGUAUGUUCUCGAAAGGAAGACGAAUGUUUCUACUGCGAAAUCAUGAGCAAGAAAGAGUGUCUCCGUUUUCUGAUCCCGAACGAUGGAGGUCAUCAUCGCGCGUUGUGCAAUGUGCCGGACUCAAGGAACCGCAUCGCAGAAAGAAUUCGCGAAGUAGAGCGCGAAAUAGAGGAGAUUCGAUGUGCACGUAUCGUAGCUGUAUAA